AUGAAGGUCUCGCUGUGGCUAACCCUCCUCGGCGUAAAUCUAUCUCUCGCCUUGGCCGUGGGGACUGACUUCCCAGCCUCAUGCCAAGCUUUUUCACCUGAUACGAGGGCUGCGAACGCACAUCGUGAGUUCACUGAAUAUGUGCCCGCGGGGACAAAUCUCAGUUUGCCGUACAAUGAUGCAACAUGUGCUCGCCCGAAUCAGGUUGUCACAGUGGACCUUUGCCGUGUCGCAUUAUACGUGGAGACGUCCAACAGAUCGAGCGUUACCACAGAAAUAUGGCUCCCAAGAAAUUGGACGGGAAGGUUUUUGGGGACCGGAAAUGGUGGUAUCGAUGGUUGUAUAAAAUAUGAGGAUCUUGCGUACGGGGCCGCAAAUGGAUUCGCCGUUGUCGGGUCGAAUAACGGACACAAUGGCACGACUGCUGCCUCGUUUUACCAGAACUCGGAUGUUCUUGCGGAUUUUGCUUGGAGAGCACUUCAUCUUAGCACAGUGAUAGGCAAAGAAAUCACUCAAGCGUUCUAUGGAGAACCUCAUAGGAAGUCAUACUAUCUGGGCUGCUCCUUGGGUGGACGGCAAGGCAUUAAUUCUGCAGUGGAAUUCCCAGACGACUUCGACGGCAUUAUCGCGGGCUCACCGGCAGUGGACUUCAACAGUCUUGUCUCUUGGAGAGCAAGUUUCUUCCCAAUUACUGGCUCCGCUAACUCUACUGACUUCAUAAGUGUAUCCACAUGGAAGGAUCUGAUCCACGCGGAGGUAUUGACACAGUGCGAUACACUUGACUGUGUCAAUGACGGAAUCAUCGAGGAUCCCUCUUUGUGCAAUUUCUGUCCAGAAGCAUUAAAGUGUACGGACGAUAGAAUAAAUAAUUGUCUCAGCCCUGCGCAAGUAGAGAUCGUGCGGAAGGUCUUUAGUCCGAUGUACGGCGAAGAUGGACAACUGAUAUUCCCAGCAAUGCAACCAGGGAGCGAGCUAGAGGCCGCAGACCAGCUUUAUACAGGGAAGCCAUUCCGUUAUUCUAAAGAAUGGUUUCAAUACGUGGUUUAUAACCCGUCUUGGGAUCCAGCUGAGUUUGAUAUCCACGACGCAAAGGUCGCGGAUGACUUGAAUCCGCAGAAUAUCAGGACCUGGCCGAACGACCUAUCAAACUACGAAAAGCGAGGAGGAAAGAUAAUCACCUUCCAUGGGCAGCAGGACGGUAAGAUAACAAGCUUCAACACGGAGCGGUUUUACAAUCAUCUUGCGACAGCUAUGAACAUGUCUUCCUCCGAGCUUGAUAACUUCUUCCGCUUUUUUCGCAUCUCAGGCAUGUCCCACUGUAGCUCAGGGCCGGGCGCAUGGGCAUUUGGACAGGGUGGUAGCCCUGCUCCAGCAAUGACGCCAUUUAAUGGGAAUGAAAAUAUCUUGGCUGCGUUGGUGGCUUGGGUGGAACACGGGGUAGCCCCAGAGACAAUCACGGGGACAAAGUACGUGGAUGAUAAUCCAGAGCUUGGGAUAUCGUUCCGGCGUAGUCAUUGCAGGUACCCACUGAGAAAUACUUACAUUGGAGGCAAUCACUGGGAGUGUACUUUGCCAUGA